UCAGUCAGCGGACGGUCCGUUUGCCUCGGCUGCGCCUCGGGCGCCGGGGGUGAAUAGGGAGAGCGCCGGUGGCGGUGGCACGCGUGGGCUUGCCCGAGGCUGUCCCGGCUCGGCGCUGGCCGGCGUUAAGAUGUCCUGGCUGACGAGGGGCGGGAAGUCAAAGGAGAAGGAGGAGCCGGAAAGCUCCCCGGGCCGGGAGGAGAGGGGUCUGCUGGUACAGGCCAUGCUAGAGCACGGGGGAGACCCGUGGGACCACAAGGUCGUCGGGCAGGAGCCCUCCCUGAAAGCCGCGGAAAGGCGCUGGCAGAACUAUGUGUCCGCCUGCCAUCCCAAGGGGGAGAAGAAGUGCUCGGCCCUGCAGUGGCUGUUGUUCGACCUGGCCCGGGCCUUGCAGGCGGCGGUGGAGGAGAAGGAGCAGCGUAUUGGGGACCUGCAAAACGAUCUGCAGGUGGCUCGCAACGAGAUCGUGGCCCUGCGGUGCGAUAGCUCGCGGCUGAGCGAGCAGGCCCAGCAGCUGCCCGAGCUGAGGGAAGAGCUGAGGGCCGAGGCGGCCGAGAACGCCCAGCUGAGAAGGAAAGUGCAGUGCCUGGCUACCCUGCUGUCGCUGGGGAAGGGUUUGGAUCGGAGGAAGGUGGCGGCUCUCAGUAAGGCAGACUGGGACCCAGAGGUGCAGGAUGGGGACGGCUGGGGUUUGGAGGCGCAGGAAGAGUCACUGGCGCAAGGAGCGGGUGCGGUGGGUGUGGGGAAAGCAAAGCCGGCGGAGGGAGAUGGGGGCCGGGAAGCGGGGGAUACGUCCAGGAGAGAGAAGGUGUGGAGGAAGCGAAAGGAAGGAUGGCCCGUGUGGGUAAACCGAAUGUGGAGCUUGGAGCAGUGCACUCCCUUCACACACGAGGAGGCGAAGCAGGCGGUGACCGCCAUCGGGCUGCCAUGGCCCAAAGUAGGGGCGAUUAUCAGAGCCCUGCCUGCCGAUGAGAUGUCGGGGGGGGAGAUCUUGCGGCUGGUGAUCAGAAAUUUGGGAGAGUACGAGCCUCUCAAAGAUAACACGGAGGGGGCACCCUGGAGAGACGUCCAGGAGGCGUCAGCCUACGUGUGCGGGAAUGUCUUACUCCGGGCGUUAAAGCAAAGGGAGGAACCGGUGACCCACGACUUUGACAUCUUUGGGGUGAACGUGGAGCAGGGGGACGUGGGGGUGCUGGCCUGCCGUGCUCCCAAGCUGCACAAGGGGUUUUUCAUCAGCCUGGGGUCUACUUUAAUCGGCCGCCCCCUCGGUGAGUGCAUGGCUACCUUGGAGAACAUGGGGACCCUGAUGGGAGCUGAGGGGAAAGGGAUGGCAAAGAAGGACAGGGUGGGGGCAAAGGGGAGGAAAUACAUUCCUAGAGGGACAAUUUGGAAAUAUUUAAUAAGCCAGGGGGUGAAUGAAGGAGAGCUAGAUAGUCAGCCCACAGGAGUUUUACUUGCCAAAAUGAAGAAAAUCCUUCAGGAAAAGGGGAUUAAGCAAGAGGAGAUUUGGGAAAAACUGAAGCAGAUGAAUCCACCAGCUCCUCCCCCUAUCCCAAAGAGAAAGCUAGACCCACCCUUAGGGGACCCUAAAGAUUAGGAGUCCCAACCCCUGGUGUCAGUGCGAUUAACCUCCACCACACUGACCUGGUGUGCAGGGAAAAGGGGCUGCAUGGAGGUACAAUGUCUGUUGAAGGGGAGGUGGGAAGUUACUUUCUUAAUUGCUAUGGGAUCAGAGACUUUAUUAGAUUAUCAGGGUCCUCCAGUCCUUGCUAAAUCUGUCUGGAUAUUGGGAGUGGGAAGGGGGAAAAAGGAGGGGAAAAGGAGUAGAAGCCCAGUUGUGGGUAAGGGAGGAUAAACUGGAUGGGUGGAUAAUUCUGGUAAAAGGGGGGGCAAACAUUUUAGGAAUGACUUUCCUGUCUCAGUUCAAGGUAGAUCUGUCCAAGGGAAAACAGUAUUGUGCUGCUGGCUCAAAGUGAAGCGAUCGCAGGAGUCCCCACGUCAGUGAAGUGCCAGUCUAAAAGUAAAACAGAAACAAGGGUAGUAAAUGAAGAGUAUAAGGUGGUUCUAGCCGGAGACCCCCUCUUCCUGUCCCAGUACCCAUAUGGUACCAAAGCACAGAAGGGUCAUGAGGAGGUUCAGGGGGUGCAACAAAGCCUGAAUAGAUUGGGAUUUAAAAAUCCCUAUUUCCACAAUUUCUGUGGAAGCCCAGCAGUAUGGAGCACGUGGAUGGUGGAAACCCCUUGCAACCUUAGGGGCUGGACUAGAUGAUCUUUAAAGGUCCCUUCCAACCCAAACCAUUCUGUGAUUCUGUGAAUUGGAAAUCCACGUUGAGUUACGCCUUUGACCCCUGGGAGUGGGUGCUGCUUGAACAGUGGCAAAUUGAUUCCGUGCGCCCCUUGAAGAGGUUGAAGGAGGGUUUGUAUCAGUGUGUGUUUGUUGCCAUUGGCAGAACAGCAAGAUGGACAGAGGGAAUGGCAGUGUGUCAGGGUACUGCUAACGCUGAGGUUUGGUUGUUAUGUGAAGUAUUGAAGGGAUGUAGUCCUCCAAUCUUAACAGAUUCAGAUAAAGGAAGCCACUUGACAGAUACACCAGUCCAGAAGUUCCUGGAAGGGGUAGGGGUGCAUCAGUUAACUCGCGUUUCCUACCAUCUGCAGUCCACCAGGGUAGUGGAGAGAGCUAAUAGGUCCAUCAAGGUGAGACAGAAGGUAAUUGCUGAAGAAAGAGGACUAAGCUGGAGUACUUCUGUUUGUGUGCUGGGCCUUGGGAACAAAGAGCGUGCCAGGUGCCUUGCUGCAGCCCUUACGAGCUGGUCUGUGGCCCUGCCCCACAGAGGGAUGUCCUCUGUGGCAAUGUCAGUAAACAGCCAUGUGCCUCUGAUACUGAUUCAAUCCUGGAGCAGGGUUCAGUCAGCAGAGAGCAUGGGCCCAUGCUGCUCUCCAGCGUCGCACAGCUGAGGAGCAGCAUGCCACUAUAAAGCAAUGUGAAAAUCAACCCCCACUGGGAAGUGUGGUCCCAUCCACAACCCAGGUACAAAGGGCAAGGCCCAGAGAAAAUGUAGGGGUGAUUGUGGCUCAUGGGUUGGGAAACACAGAACUAACUGGAAACAAAGAAGGGGUGGUUUCAUGGGUAGAUGGGGCCCACUGCCAGGAAAUCAAAAAGAAUGUUUCUAUCUAAUGUGGAAGUAAGAUUGGUCUUCAGGAUCAAAUGUGGCUGUGGGAUGGAUCACGGGUGUGGACCAUAGAGAGCCUCACUAAGACCCAUCUUCGAGGUGCUCAUCAUUGUGUUAAGACAGCAUCAGGAAUAUUGUUAAAGCAAUGCAGGUCCUGUUCAGUGUGUUCUGCUGGCUUCUAGGUGUAAGGGUGAUAGUUUGGAUGUGGAACAUCACCACUGCUGUUAAUAUUUUUAUUUACUUCAAGAAAGAUGUCAAAGGAGUUUUAAUAUGAGGCCUGGCAAUGAUGAGGAUGACCUCAGAUGUUUGGCUUCCCAGUAAUAAGCAUUUGUUAAUAGUCCUUCCAGAAUUAACUUGACUUCACCUGUAAGAGAGCAUGGACUGGACAAAAAGAUGGAACUAAUAAAUUAGAUACUCAGCUUGGAUCCCAAUAUGGGUCAGCCACAGAAAAGUUGCAUGGGAUACAAAUGGUACCUUUGCAACCAGUGUAAUAAUAGGGGGAUGCAGUUGUAUCACCUGACAAUGCUCUUAGUUGUUCAGAUGGUGCGGAUUUAGUUUUGGCUGCUGAGCGUGUCCAAAACUAAAAUCACACCAUCCACAAGUAUCCACAAACCCUGUAGGACACUAUCCAUAUUAAUCCUGUAAGAUGGGGAAAGAGAUGGGGAAUUGAUAUGCGAGGCAUGAACUAUUCUAGAAUACAUCUGGUGUGACCUGUGUGUACGUGGGUUGUGCCUCUCUUAUGAUUGCAAAAUCUCCAUCCUUGGAGAUAAUCAAAAGCUAUCCGGAGACAGUCCUGGGCAACCAGCUCUAGGUGACCCUGCUUGAGCAGGGGGUUGGACCAGAUGCUCUCAAGAGGUCCCUUCAAACCUCAACCAUUCUGUGAUUCAUUCUAUGAAAAUGGCAGCAAUUUUGAAUCAUAUACAAGGUAAAUGGGUAACAAACUUCAGACUGUUGUUUGAUGCAACAGCAACAAUAACUACCUGGGAUAACCAAAUAUGGCAUGUGGUGAAAGCAACUGCCAAGUUAAAAAACCAAACCAACAAGCUAUAAGGGAUUAAAUUCAAUAAUACCUCUAUCUAUUGUACUCAAGCUCAAUUGUUAGCUAUUAGAACCUCUUUUAUGGGUGGAUUAACUCUGUUCUCAUGGAUAGUACAACAAAGAGAUCCCAUAUUACAAGGGAAGUUUCACCAACUGCUGUUGCAAAUGGACAUCUAAAUGAAACAUAUGUACUGGUUUUGUACAUCUGGUUGUGGACCACAGGAGGAUAUUGUCACACAUCAGUGGAGCAAGUCAGCGUGGGAGCACCAGUGCUGGUUGGUAACAGUGCAGGCUGUGUGUGCGUCACCUCACCUGUACUGGCAGAGUGGGAGGACAACAUGACCUCUGUGGCUCCAGGAGAAGACCAAAGAUGUGGCAUUACAUCUGUUGGUGGUGUACAUUCACUUGCCUGUUCUCAAAAGCAGGGGUUUGUUCCUGACUGAGGGACUAAUGACAUCUCUGUGGGAGCUGAGAGGCCUUGCUGGGAUGAGGUGUUCAGGCAACGUGACAGCAUACAGAAGGUUGCUGAGAAACCGGAGAACAGACAAGUUGCAAGCCUGAGGACCACCUUAACAAGAGGUAAACUAAACCCAGUGGGACAACUGUGGGGGAGUCGUGGGGAGCCAGGCUGCCCGCAGCGGGUAUCCCUGCUGGUAACACCAUGUAAGGCUGUGACUGCCUGGGUAAUGGUGUCAGAAAUACCGCAGUUAGGUAUGGCUGUAGCAAAACCAGGAGGAAUGAGGAGGAAGUAAUUGGGGCAGGUUGUUUAUCUGGGAGGGAUUUGGGUGGAGGAGAGGAGGUGGCAAAAAGGUGGGCCCUGAUGCCAAAGAAUGAGGUAUGAAGUCCACCAAAGAAGACCAGAGGGCUCCUGCUCAUGGUGGGAGUGUGGAUGCCUACAACCGGUAGCACAACUGACCUGCACACUCAAGCCCUGGGAAGCUGGAAGGCAUCGCCUGGGAUAACCCACUGGACUUGCUCCAUCAUGUUUCUGGCUGUAUGUCAUGGCAUGGGGGGAUAAACCUGCACCUUGGGACUUAAAAAACUGUCAUUGAGGGUUGGCCACAUGUGAGGCUUGUUAGAUCUGAGAUUCAGAGCUUGUAACUUCAUAGCUGUGCCUUAUGGUUUGCAUACAUAUAUAACUUGAUCAGUGGUACAGUACUUAGGUUAUUGAUUAUUUUUUCUGUUUUGCUAGUUUCCUCAUAGUGUGUUCACCAGUCAAUAAACAAUGUGCCUCAGU